AUGGCGCAGCGGAUCCAGGAUGAGCUGGCUGCCUUCUUCUUCGAGUACGACACCCCCCGGAUGGUGCUUGUGCGCAACAAGAAGGUGGGCGUCGUCUUCCGCCUGAUCCAGCUCGUGGUCCUGGUCUACGUCGUUGGGUGGGUGUUUGUCUACGAGAAGGGCUACCAGACCUCGAGCAGCCUCAUCAGCAGUGUGUCUGUUAAACUCAAAGGUCUGGCUGUGACACAGCUCCCAAGCCUGGGCCCCCAGGUCUGGGAUGUGGCCGACUACGUCUUCCCAGCACAGGGGGACAGCUCCUUCGUGGUCAUGACCAAUUUUAUUGCCACCCCCCGGCAGGCUCAAGGUCACUGUGCAGAGAACCCGGAAGGGGGCACAUGCACAAAUAAUAGCGGCUGCACCCCGGGAAAGGCAGAAAGAAAGGCCCAAGGCAUCCGCACGGGCAAGUGUGUGGCCUUCAACGACACCGUGCAGACCUGCGAGAUCUUUGGCUGGUGCCCCGUGGAGGUGGAUGACAACAUCCCAUGCCCUGCCCUUCUCCAAGAGGCCGAGAACUUCACUCUCUUCAUUAAGAACAGCAUCAGCUUUCCACGCUUCAAGGUCACCAGGCGCAACCUGGUGGAGGAGGUGGAUGCCCGCUACAUGAAGACCUGCCUCUUUCACAAGACCUUGCACCCUCUGUGUCCAGUCUUCAAGCUCGGCUACGUGGUACAGGAGUCAGGCCAGAAUUUCAGCACCUUGGCUGAGAAGGGUGGGGUGGUGGGCAUCACCAUCGACUGGCACUGUGACCUGGACUGGCACGUGCGGCACUGCAAACCCGUCUACGAGUUCCAUGGGCUGUAUGAGGAGAAAAAACUGUCUCAAGGCUUCAACUUCAGGUUUGCCAGGCACUUUGUGGAGAAUGGGACCAACUACCGGCACCUCUUCAAGGUGUUUGGGAUUCGCUUUGACAUCCUGGUGGACGGCAAGGCUGGGAAGUUUGACAUCAUUCCCACAAUGACCACCAUCGGCUCUGGGAUUGGCAUCUUUGGGGUGGCCACGGUUCUCUGUGACCUCCUUCUGCUCCACAUCCUGCCCAAGAGGCACUACUACAAGCAGAAGAAGUUCAAGUACGCGGAGGACAUGGGCCCAGGGGCGGGAGAGCGUGACCCUGCGGCCACCGGCUCCACCCUGGUUCUGCAGGAGAACAUGAAGACAUCCUGA